GUGUAUUAUUAUUAACCUAAAAAAAUAUUUUGAAAAAUAUAAUGUAGGAAUGUAAAGUUAAAUACCAAUAUAUAACUAUUAUUUAAUAUGAGUAAUAAGAAUGAUAUCGAUUUGGUUCAACAACCCCGAUAUUCAAAAGAAUUUAAAAUGAAAGCUGGAUUUUUUCUAGCCGCAGUAUCUGGAAUAUCUGCAAUAGUUGGAUUUGGAGCAACAAUAGUUGCUGCAAAAAAACAAGACCCUGUAUAUUUUGACAAAGGUUUUAUUCCUACACGGGAAGUACCUGAAACUGGGGCACAUUUAGCGCUCCGAGCUCUAGGUCGGGGAACGUUAUAUGCAGUGACUGGUUGUGGAUUAUUGUUCUAUGGAAUCUGGUGUAUAUCAGGAGCUCAUAAUUUGGAGGAGUUUCGGCUAAAAAUGGGAAGUAUACUACCAAAGAUUCCUAAAAAUGAUCCGCCUCAAGGCAGGACGGAAUUUAGCGGUUUAAACGACCUUUUUGAUUAUCUACAGCACCAAAAAGGCAUCAAAGAUAAAUAAUACUAGACUUUUUAGUAAUAAUUGUUAUUUAUUUAUAGUAUCAAACAGAAUAAUAGAUUAUAAAAACUAAUUUAACUAUA